CCCUAUCUCAUGCAUGCAUACUCAUAUUUUGUGAUACAGACAUAUACACCCAAAGGCCAAAAGGCAACACAUCGGCGAAAGUGAUCAUGUCAGCGACAAUAGCAAUUAUCUCGAUCUCCGUCGUCAUCGCAGCCGUAUAUCUUCUCACAAAUUUUGCAUUUCCCACCGUAGAGCCGUUAGUCUACUACCACUACUGCUCUCCACCAAAGUACUUUCCAGGAUCGUCUUCCAGGUCAAACGUCGACUCGCUACUCAACAUGUUCGUAAACUCAGCUUCUAUCUAUACAUACAACAACCUCACCGUCAACGGAAACUACGGACUGCACCAGUGCCGGGGUGAUCUCUCCUCCAGUGAGUGCGUUAGUUGUGUCACGCAAGCUGUUAGCCUGCUCCAAAGUGACAGCUUUGGUGAGAGCGGCUGCGCUUUACAGCUCGAAGGCUGCUUAGUGAAGUACGAUAACGUUAUGUUCUUUGGAGUGGCGGAUACGACGGCUAUGGUUAUGAGUUGCGGAAAACCGGCUGGGUAUAAGUAUAAGUCGGACGAGUUGACUCAGGCUAAGGUGUUGGUUGAUAAAGUGGUUGCAAAUAGUGGUACGUCAUACAGAGUGGAGAGGUCAGGGGAAGCGCAAGCUGUAGCGCAGUGCACCGGUGAUCUUAGUGCAACCGAUUGUCAAGACUGUUUGAUGGAAGCGAUCCAGCGGCUGAAACUUCAACCGUUUUGCGGAACAAGCACUUGGGGUGACGUCUACUUAGCCAAGUGCUACGUUGGUUACUCGUCAAGUGGAUCCAUCGGCGAAGAGUUUAAGAAAGGGAUACGGGCUAAGCACGUGGCCACCCAAAGGAACCUCUUUUACCAGAAGACAUCAUAUGUAAUAUCUAAACUUAAAUCUCUAUUGACCUACGUUUUGUAUUCUAUUGUUAUGUUAAGAACAGUGUAUACGCUUUUACUCUCCAACCGUGUGAAUGAUCUCGGAUUUGAUAACGAUGUUAUGAAAGCUUAUGUCGAAUCAGAUCUUUACAAUGCGAACAUGGUUAUUUGA